UCCCUCUUUAAAAUCGCUUUCUCCAAUUAGUUUAGUGCCAUUUGGUAGCUGUGUGAGAUCAGUUCAGACCUAAAACACCACUCCGAGAAGGGUGAAGAAUGGCGAGAGAAAAGAUCAAGAUCAAGAAGAUUGAUAGCGUAACGGCCAGGCAAGUCACCUUCUCUAAGAGGAGGCGAGGUCUCUUUAAGAAAGCUGAAGAGCUUUCUGUUCUCUGUGACGCCGAGGUUGCUCUCAUCAUUUUCUCAGCUACUGGCAAGCUCUUUGAGUCCUGCAGCGCCUCCAGCAUGAAGGACAUGAUUUCAAGGUAUAAUCUGCACUCUAAUAACAUCGGAAAACUUGACCAGCCAUCGCUUGAACUGCAGCUGGAAAAUAGCAACCACAUCAGAUUGAGUAAGGAAGUUGCUGAUAAGAGCCAUGAACUACGACAAAUGCGAGGAGAAGAUCUUAAAGGAUUGAAUAUAGAGGAAUUACAGCAACUGGAAAAAAUGCUUGAAUCAGGACUUGGGCGUGUUCUUGAAACAAAGAGUGAACUGAUUAUGAACAAGAUCUCUUCACUUGAAAGAAAGGGAGCACAACUAUUGGAGGAGAAUAGACGACUAAAACCGAAGGUGGCCAACUUGUAUAAGCGAAAAAGCUUGAUUAUCAGUAUUGGGUCAUCAGAAUCUGCUACUAAUGUUUGCAGCUCCAGCAGCGGCCCGCCUACAGCGGAUGACAGUUCUGAUACUUCUCUCAAAUUAGGGCUUCCCUUCCCUUGCUGAAUUGGAGAAGACGAAGUGGAUUUCUUCCGUGUGUCGGAUAAAACAGCCCAGGGAUCGCCCAACAUGCAAGUGGAUUUUUCGGUUGGGUAAUAUAGUCUAGCAUAGGCCACAUACUUGAGAGGUUAUGGGCCUCUCGAGUACAUGAUAUUGUUUAGCAUAGGAGCUUCCCUAGUACAUGUAUUGGCCCUCCUUUUCAAAACUUACACACUACCACGUUCCAUUGUUUCUAAACAAUCAAAAUGUUGGUAUAUAUUUAUCUGUCCUUAUUUUUUU